AUGUCUCUCUUCAUCAAAGGAACUACUGCCGUCAUUACUGGUGCAGCGAGUGGUAUCGGAGCUGCUGCCUCGCGCAUAUUCGCCGCAAAAGGCAUGAACCUCGUCCUCGCAGAUACAAAUACUGCUCUGCUCAAAAGUCAUGCUGAGGGCAUGGCCGAUGGAGGUGGCCAAAUUCUGACUAUGACGUGCGAUGUUGCUCAACGCGAACAUUGCGAAGCUCUUGCUGAUCUCGCCUUCCGUGAGUUUGGCUCAGUGCAGAUUGUGAUGGCCAAUGCUGGCAUCAGUGGAUCUCGUGAACCAGGUGCAGGCAGCGUUUUGUCUGGCAACCUAGACAACUGGGAUUCCGUUAUGCAGGUCAACUUCAAUGGCCAACGACAACUUCUUGCUGCUCUGCUGCCUCUCAUGACUGAGCAGAAGGAUGAUCGAAGGGUGGCCAUCAUUUGCACCGGCAGCAAGCAAGGCAUCACGAACCCACCAGGAAAUAGUGCCUACAAUUGCUCAAAAGCAGCAGUGAGAAGCAUGACGGAGCAUCUGGCCUGGGAGCUCAGACAAAAGCCAGAGUUGGCCCACUUCUCGGCGCAUUUGCUCGUGCCUGGUUGGACCUUCACUGGUAUGACCGGUGGAGGUCGUACAGAUAAGCCAGAUGGAGCAUGGACUGCUGAGCAAGUCAUUGAGUAUGCCAUGCCCCGCUUGGCAUCGCGUGACUUUUACAUCAUUUGUCCAGACAACGCUGUGGACUCAAUCACGGACAAUGCACGUAUGUUGUACAACACUGAGGACAUCGUCAAAAACCGCUCAGCAUUGAGUCGUUGGUCAAAGGAGCACGAAGCAGAAUUUGCGGAGUUUGUUGAGCAAUACAAGAAGUGA